GCCUGACAGCGCCACGUCGCCUGUCUGAUCGGGAGGCGUGGCGUGACAUUCGAGGGCCGACGUGCGCCUCGAGUUAAGCUCGCGGGACGGAGGAAUGUCUGGUCCAAGGCAUCGAUCGCCCUCAUUGUCUUAGGGGUAGAACCUCAGAUUCCCAGGCUCGCUUCCCGUGGCGCUUUGUCCUCCCUCGGCUUCCCCGGAAAGUAGUAGCACAGCUGCCUGCACCAACGGCUCACCAGGCAUGUGUCCCACUGAUUCCUCUGCUGCCACCACUCCGAUCCUGGUCGAGGGUGAUGCGGGGAGCUGCCGGCUAGUACCGUACUCGUCGCUCAAGCGGGGCAGCUCAGGGCCGGCCCCCCACUGCAGGCUGCAUCCGGGUUCCCGGGGCGUAUGUGUGUGUGAUAUGCGAGCCAAGCCCCCUCCUUUGUUCCCAAUGGGCAGAGGGGAAGUGUACCCGCCUUCUCCUCGACCACAUCAUCUCAAACCUGCUUGCUUGCCCACUGCACCGAUCAGGUGCGUGCCUGCGUGCGUGCCUGUGUGCCGAUCAUACCUCGGUCGAACAGCCACACUGAUGCAGGCGCCACCGACCCGACGUUCUGUACACGCAAAAUUGGGAGAGAAGUUGGACAGAACAUUGGGAUAUAGAUUCGUGACGCAAAAACGCAUGAGAAGAGACUGAAGCGAUGCAAAUGGGACAUAUCGUCUUAGGGGCGGGGGCGGGCCGGUGGAACGGCAGGGCAUGAAAAGUUGGUAGUCAAGGAAUAGGUGCU